AUUUUGUUGGAAUUUUAAAUUUUUAACUUUUAGAAACCCAAAUUUUCUAUCAUAUUUUUAUGACAUUGUCUUUCUGUUAUUGUACGUGGAGUGAAUGUGAGUUUGUAUUUGGAUUUUAACGCAUUUACUCACACAGUCAUCUGGGAUUUCUGUUCCUGUGGCUUUCUAUCAUCAGCUGAACAGCAGCAUAAUAAUUAUCUAGGAACUGGAAGUCUUUCAAAGCACCCUAGUAAAAUUCCCCAGAUCUUACUGGUGGUCCUGUUUGUGAAGUUCACACUGUGAACCACUACGGCUAACAGUAUUUGGAUUUGUCUCCAGUUCAAAAUGCCUCAAAUGGAUGAUGUUCUUUUCCAGCUGAAGUUCUCAUCGAAGCAGCUGGAACGAUUCGCAAAGAAAGCGGAAAAGGAUCAAGCAGCGCAACAAGCCAAAGUGAAAAAGGCUUUGCAGCAGCAGAACAUAGAAGGAGCCCGUAUCUACGCUGAGAAUGCCAUUCGAAAAAAGAACGAAGGCCUCAAUUUUCUGCGUAUGGCGGGCAAGAUCGACGGUGUGGCUAGUCGAGUGCAGAGUGCUGUGAUGAUGAAGCAGGUCGCCUCGAAUAUUGGAAUGGUUUCGAAGGCAUUGGACAAAGCGAUGCAGAGUAUGGAUCUUGAAAAGAUUCAGAAAGUAAUGGACCAAUUUGAGCAUCAGUUUGAGGAUCUGGAUGUGCGAUCUCAAGUGAUGGAAGGUGCUAUGGGUUCAGCGACCGUCAUGUCUACACCCGGAGAGCAGGUGGAUCAGCUGAUAAAACAAGUGGCCGACGAGAAUGGCCUGGAUAUCAUGGCCGAACUGGCCAAGGCCCAACCCGACACGGCACUUCCGGCCGCAUCCACAUCGCGAAAAGAAAGGGAAGAGGAAGCACUCAACAAAAGGUUGGCUCAACUACGAGAAACAUAAUGCUGUCCUCAGCAUUUCGGUUUGGUGAAUAUUCAGCGGUUGACACAAUGUUGGAUAUUAGGAUCUUUAUUUUCUUACCGUGCCGAAAAUAGUUGCUGCUGCCUCGAUUCAAAAUUUUUAUGCAAAAUAGUUACUAUUAUUUUAAUUUGUCUAACCGUAAGCCAAAGCAAAUUUCGAAGCAUGUGUAAGGGACACCAUUCCCAUUCCUCUUUACUUCACUGCUACUUUAUUACGGUGGAUGUGUGCAACUCUGAAGCCUCUGCUGUUGUUAAACGUUGUUCAGAAUUGCGACAUACCGACAUUAUGAAGCCUGAAUUUUCUUUUAGCAGAUUCGUCCUGUUCCUCUUUUGCUUCGAGUCAGUUUUUAUGUUUUAAUAAACCGCUUCUACUCCGUUACAA